CCUACGGUAGCUGUAAUGUUAUAUUUGUCUUGUAUGCAAGUAAUGUCAAUGUUCAUGAGGCAGAAGCAUCACCCACCUCACUUUCUAAUCAAACUUUCAAUCUUUCUUUAAUUGCAUAAACCUGUUACACCAUAAAUUAUGCAAAUGAAGACCCUUUAAUUGUGCUAUUAAUCUUUUCCCAUUUGAAAAGGUUCUUCUUAUCUUCCUUUGCUUUGACUCUUUGUGUCUCUCCUUAAAAAGAAAAGAAAAGUUGAACAAAUUUGAGGUUGAAUCGUAGGGGAAUAAGAACAUGAGUUGGGUGCAAUCAUUUGCCACCCUUUUUGUUUUGGUUUUUACUCUUUUGCUUUCGGUUAAAAAGGGUGAAAGAUUCUCUCUUUCUCUUGAUUUUGGACCCCCCUUAAUGAGAUUAAGGAGAGCAUUCCUUCGUGCGCUUUUCUUCACCAAGUUGAUGAGGAUGAGAUUUAUUGGACACAGAAGAGCAAAAGCAGUAAGGAGCAACGUGGUUCAACUCGUGUGAUACCACAGUCAGUUCAAUGUUUUAUUAAUGCUAUGGUUGGACCACGAUCAUGGACAGGACUGUUUAGCCGCUCAAGCAACAAACGUAAUGGGAAGUAUGUUGACUACCCUUUGAGUCCUAUGCAGGAGCAGAGACUUUUGGGGCUUCAAGAACGACUACAAGUACCUUUUGACGAGACUCGCCCUGAUCAUCAAGAAGCCUUGAAAGCACUCUGGUAUGCUGCCUUUCCAGAUGUUGCUAUCAGUGGUUUGAUCUCUGAGCAAUGGAAAGAGAUGGGGUGGCAAGGUCCUAACCCAUCUACUGACUUUAGGAGUUGCGGUGUUAUUGCCCUUGAGAACUUGCUUUUCUUCGCCAGAACUUAUCCUGCAUCUUUCCGGAGAUUAUUGUUCAAGCAAGGUGGGAGACGAGCAACUUGGGAAUACCCAUUUGCUGUUGCUGGCAUAAACAUAUCAUUUAUGUUGAUUCAAUUGCUGGAUCUUUGGUCAGCAAGACCAAGGUGUCUUCCCGGGAUAAAUUUCGUGAAGUUAUUAGGAGAAGAUGAAGCUGCUUUUGAUGUACUAUUCUGUAUAGCUUUUGAAAUGGUGGAUGCUCAAUGGCUUGCUAUGAAUGCAUCCUACAUGCAGUUUAAUGAUGUUCUGCAAGCAACGCGGACACAGUUGGAAAGAGAACUAUCUUUAGAAGAUACUCAGAGAAUACAAGAUUUACCAGCUUAUAAUCUGUUGUACCAGUAGCAUUUUGGUAGUACAGAAAAACAUUAGCACGUGCGGUGCUUGGACUCGGGAAAAAUUUCAAUGAAUUCAAAGGUCUCUGCAUAAAACAAUGGGAGAUCUCUUUCAUGGUCUCAUCAAAAAUCCAUUAUGACUUUACGUGAG